AUGGCCAACUCAGGCCCCAAAGCAAUACCGACCGCCGAGAACUUCCACAACAUGCCACGAGCCACCUCCGCUGAGCAACCGGCGGUGUUAAACGGCAAAGGCGAACCCAAAGCGCGAGUCCGUCCCCGUACCUACCCUUACUUCAAAUACCUCCCAUACACAACCGAAGAUGAGCCCGUACGGGAACGGAACCUCCGCGAGAUCCUGGACCAUCUCUACAUUGCGGUGGAGGCGGGGGAUUUCAGUCCCGGCGCUGUCCACUGGACUCGGGAGCUCAGAGCAUGGUUGUCGCUGAAGUUUGACCCGACUCGGACGGAGAGGAUUAAUUUAGUGAAACUGUACUAUGAGCUUUCGAUGGCGCCGGGGAUUGAUCCGAAUAUUGCGGAGCGGUUUGCUAGCAUGUUUAUGUUUUUGACGAAGCGGAAGCACUAUUUGAAGCCAGUUAAGGAUCUGGUUUUAGAUUGGAAGCCUUUGUAUAAGGAAUUGAAGGCUUUUGUCCUGCCCACCGAAUCGGGCCUGGUCCACUCGACUAAUCUGAAGCGGAACGUCAAGACCCUGACAAAGCUCUGCGCGUUCAUCCAGCUCUAUAUCGACCCGUGCGAGGUGCCGGCCAUGCUAGAUGAGUUCCUGCCUCACUACACAACAUCGUUCUCUGAGGGUGCCUUUGUAGUGGUGGGGUUGAUUAACUUGAUGCUUCCUACCUCUCCACCCCCAGCCGACAGGGAAGAUCUGCUGCCACAUCACUACUUGCCGACAUAUUUCCAUCUUUGGUCGCUUGUGGGACGGUCGAGGACCUUUGAUACGACGUUCCUGGACUUUUUCUCCCGGUUGGCUCGGGAUUGUUUGUCUGCGGAUCACGUCCCGCUCUCCGAGUAUGGUCUUUUCACCAAGGAGCAGUCAUCGCUGAUUUUCACGGCUAUUCUGAGAUUGCUAGAAAUUCCAGUCGGACAGUCGACCUCUCCAUACAGCGCUCUUGUGGACAUCUCCUCCGGGCUGGGUAUCAUGCUCGACCGUGACUCCCGCAAGCAUCCCGUUGCGCAUCACAUCGCCCGCUGGGUGGUCAUGUCCCUCUCGCCAGCCUGUCUCGAAUCAGAGGAGUCUAUUUUGUCUCAGCUCGAGGGUCUUAUCCAGGCAGUGGAAACCUUCUUCCACCCCUCGAACUCUGGCGGCUGGUCCAAGACCUUGUCCCAAUUAGUGUACUACCUCGCAGACUUCUUCGUUAUGCGUUGGAACCGGGAGCAGAGUGGAGAGAUGGAAAUGCCACCUGAGCGUAGGUUGACCGAGCCAUUGAAGCGCCGCUUCGUGCUUGCUUUGCGCGAUGUGAUCUUCAUGGGUAUCUACUCCAAGAGUAGCACGGCAAUGAGCUACUCGCUCUCUACGCUGCAAAGCUUAGCCUAUUUGGAACCACACCUUAUCUUACCAGGUGCUCUUCAGCGGAUCUAUCCAUCUCUACAGGGUCUCGUGGAGGUGCACCGUACAGCGUCCUCGCUUCGGGCCCUUCAGGUGCUGUCGCGGAUCAUCACCCGCACCAAGGGAUACCGCUGUCAUAUGACAACACUCUUGGGACUUGCGUUGCCUGGCGUUGAUGCCAAUGAUCUUGAAAAGUCUUUGCAUGCUCUUACUUUCAUUCAGACUGCUUGUUACAGUAUCCCCCUGGCCGAUCUGACCCGAGGCAGGGAUGAUGUCAACUGUAAUAUGCUGGCGAUGCAGUGGAUCACCGGAGAGAUGGAGCGAAUGGAAGAGCAGGGUGUAGAGGUCCAAUUGAACUACGACACAGACUUGGACGACGAGACGGAGGAGAUGAUCCUUCGUUCUUCGACAUGUGGGUUUGGUGACUUCAUCGUAUCCUUCUUGGGUCGUGUCUUUACGCUCUUGGAGAACCUUCCCGAUGUGUCUCGAGUGCGAAACGGCUCUCCUGAGGAGAAUAUUGUGAACACUCUUCCGGCGACCUUUAUGCCAUUGCUUUCGUCUCUCGAGCCUGAAUACUAUGAUAUUGCUCUGACGAAAAUCAUCGACUUCGCGGCAAACCACGUCAUUCACCAGGCGCGGGAUGCAAUGGCCUUCAUUUGUAAUGCUGCUUGCAAGGUCAAUCCGCAAAAGGCCCUGAAGCGCUUUAUCCCCCUGUUGACCCAAUCCAUUCGAACCGAGAUUGAUGACAACGGUGCGGGUUCGACCAGAACGACAGGAGCGGAUGUCCUUCCCCGUGACCGCGGCUUGGUCUGGAACAUCAGCAUGCUUAGCAUGUGUAUCGUCCAUGUCGGAGAUGCUGUCCUGCCGCAUAAGAAGGAACUGUUCGACAUUGCUGUCUACAUGCAGCAGAAGUGUCGCGGUAUCCCAACCGUCCACAUCUCGAACUUUAUUCAUCACCUUCUCCUUAACCUUACUGGUACAUACACCACCGACUACAGUCUGUACGAGCCAAGCGUUGUCGCUCAAGGAAUUGGCCCUGACCUCUGGAGUUAUAAGCAAGACCCCCAUGACAUGAAUGUCAAGUGGCAUAUCCCGAAGCGCGAGGAGAUCGAGUUCGCCGUUGAGCUCUUCCAGAACCAAGCCGAGACGGCACUCAAGCAGCUCACGGCGUUGACGAACGAGACGUCUAGCAUCAAGCGUGACGGCACCGGAAAGGAUUGGUCUGACGAAGUCACCCGGAACCUGGUGUUGCUGCGUCUUAUUCUGUCUGGCAUCUCGGUGCUGUUCGACUCUAAGGCGGCAUCGACGACGAAGAAAGGUGCAGCGAACGGAUCUGCGGUGCCGGACGGUGAUGUCGAUAUGGCAGAUGCCGAGAACGCGACGCUGGCCAAUGGUGCUGGCGAUGAAGACACCGAUAUCGCUCUUGAUAGCUCUGAUGAUGCAACUAUCAGAGAGACCUUCACCUACCCUACUGGUUAUCCGUUGCAGGAGGAUGAUCCCCUGUACACCAGGAUCCAUGACCUUCGAGAACGCGCCGGUUGGAUCUUGCACGACGUGCACCGAUUCCUGGCAGACAAGCAAGAGGACGAUGUCCCCAGUUUUGGUGCCCUGUACUCGGCUUACCGUUCUUGGUUUGUUGAUGUUGGAAUUGAAAGGUCUGCCCAUGUUUUGGAUAGGGUUACUCGUCUUCUGGCUGCGGAUAUCUAUCCCUAUAAGAUGAGUGGUAUUCGCAAGGACUACCCGCGUCCGUUGCUUGCACGGAGAUCAUAUGUGUACCACCUGCAACGUCUACGGCACAACGCUGCUCCUAGACCGCGAUCGCGUUUGGAUGAAAUUCUGCUUUUGGAUAUUGCCGAGUCUUGUGUUUCUUUGUAUACGGAGACUCGCCGCAACGCUCAAAGCGCUGGAGAGUCGGCGCUCAAGGCUGUUUGGGGCUCGCGCCUCCUCGUUAUCCCGCCUUUGAUUGAAGCGCUGCAGAAGGGUGUUAAGGAGAAUGACCAUGCACGAAUCAAGGGUGCACUGUUCUCCCUGCUUCUUAGCAGCGUUGCGAAAACUGCUGGACGGCAUUGGAAGUUUGCGCCUACUUUGAUCCGGACCUUCAUUGACGCAAGCGCGGUCGAUAAGCCAUCCGUGCAGCGAAUUUGCUCGAGUGCCUUGUUCCAGAUCAUGGAUUACGGCCGCGCUAUGGAGCGGAUGGCUGUCUUGAAUCAGGACAUUAUCGAAGCGAUUGCUCCAAAGGGAGAUGUAAGCGAGGAAAUCAACAAACUGCGCAAGAACAUCAACGGCAAGCGUGUGGCGAUUGAGAAGAAGAAGGCCGACUUAUCGGAGGAGUUGGUCAACCUGGCACGCGUGUCUCACUGGAAGAUUGCUAGCCGUGCAGCUACUAUUGUUAUUACUAUGGGACUUCGAUUCGACUACGUUGCCAGUGAUAACUUUAUAGAGCUGGUCACGCAAGGUUCGAUCGACGAUCAUCCGGGUCUGCGGGGUAUGUACUCGCAGGCGCUCAUUGCGUUGUUCACGAUGAUCGAUGUUCGCGCUAUCUGCAGCCAUGACUACCAGAACUACAUCUUCGGCCAUCAGAACUUCCCCUCUAAGAUCCAGGUAGCCACCAAACGUGACGAGAAGAACUGGACCGAGGAGUAUCUGGCGAGUUUCGCCAAGCCAGAGGCGGAAUACUACAUCGAUCACGAUUUCCCUGGAUGGCUCGUGUGGUCGGACAGCAUGCCCGCGUACAAGUCGAAUGUCGCUCGCGACAUUGAAUACGACGAGACCGAGUGGAAGGUCCGGUCGUACAUGGGCAAGCUCUUUGACCGGGCGUGGUUCCAAAAAUUUUUCAUGUACUUGAAGCAGGAGCCGCGUGAUCCUUCGGCGGAUAAGUUCCGUAUGCCUUGCGCUAUGAUGUUGCUUUAUGCGUUUGAACUGAUGAUCCGGGAUGGUCUUACCGCUGCUACGUUCGAGGAUAUCAAGGAGGAGAUCGAGGCUGUGUUUGAGGAUGGUAGCGAUAAACACCAGCACCGGGCUACUUCGGAGAUCCUUGGUGCCCUGAUUAGCUCCGUCACUGAUGGUGGUGUCGAAAAGCGGACGCAAAUCUGGGAAUAUGCGUUCCCUAUCGUGCGGAAGAUCUUCUCAGAAGGCUUGACCCCUGAGAACUCUGGAUACUGGACGACGUUCCUGCAUAUGAUUCUGCAAUGCCGGGAUCCGCGCAGGGCGUGGCCGUUGGUCGACUGGUUGGCUAGUUUCCGGUUGGAUUUGGCAACGAAUGCUGCGUUCAAGGAGAGUUCCAAGAUCAAUAUGCUGCAUCAGUGCAUUAUUGAUGCGGGAUGGCACUUCCAGCUGGAGAAGCCGAUCGUGGAGGACUUCCUUGCUCACUUGGACCACCCGUAUAAGGGAGUUCGUGAAGCGAUGGGUCAGACGUUGGCGACUGUGUACCGCACUAGGUACCACGAGUCGUAUCCUGAUGUUAAGCAUCUUCUUGAAGCGCAGGAGAAGGAGUCGUCUGUUGGCACGUUCCCGUACCUUCCUGACGAGAACUUUAACAAGAUGUUGCGCAGUAUUUUCAGUCAAAUCGAGCAGUGGCGGCACCAGAGAACGCCUGGACAACAGACGCCGUCAUCCUACACGUCUGGUUGCAAGACGGUGCUUCUCUGGCUGGACUCGACUCUCUCCUCCCAUGAAUGCACACAGCUUGUCCCCUUCUUCCCGGAUGUCUUUACAGGACAGCUCCUGCACAUGAUGGAUGUCAAGGAAGACCCCGAACUCCAGUCCCUGGCAUAUCACGUCUUCCGCCACCUCCCCAACAUCCCCUACCCCGCCGAGAAGAACUCCGGCUUCAUCAGCUCGCUCAUCCAAAUCGGCCGAACCUCACCAUCCUGGCACCAGCGCCUGCGCGUCAUGAUCAACAUCCAAAUCAUCUACUUCCGCCGCCUCUUCCUCGUCUCCCCCGACGAUCGCGACCGCCUCUUCGAAUGCAUUGCCGAGAUGCUCCAAGACACCCAGCACGAAGUCCGCGUCGGCGCCUCAGCUACCCUUUCCGGCAUGAUCCGCUGCUCCCCCGUCUCCCUCCGAGACAUCAUGGUCUCCCGCCUCCUGGAGCGCUUCACGAAGAUCCUCGUCGACAACCCCGUUCCCAAGCGUCGUCGCUCUGGCCCUGCCUCUGCUGUCCCCUCUGGCUCGGGAACGCCCACACCCGAACAUACGAAACUCGUGAUUGCUCGUCACGGCGCGGUACUGGGUCUUGGUGCGCUGAUCCAGGCAUUCCCGUAUAACAGCCCGCCGCCGAAAUGGAUGCCCGAAGCCCUGACUACGUUGAGUAUCCGGGCGGCUAAUGAUCCGGGGAUUGUGGGAUCGAGUGUUAAGGGUAUUAUUAGUGACUUUAAGAAGACGAGGCAGGAUACGUGGCAUAUUGAUGCGAAAGCAUUCACACCGGAUCAAUUAGAAGAUCUCUCCGGAGUUCUGUGGAAGAGUUACUUUGCCUAG